AUGACCAAGACUUCUGUCUCAUCCCCACAAGACAGCCUAGCUCCCAAAAAUACUCACAGCGAGCUUGUCCAUGGCCGGCAUGAAGAGUGGCUGCCCGGCUUCAUCCACCAGGUCGACACACGCGAGCGCCCUCUUCCACUUAAUGCAGCCAUUGAACGUCUAAGGGGCCUCAUCGAAAGCAGGACCGAUCUCCGAAUGUGGGCGUCAGCCAUGUUUGAGGAAGUGCCCAACAAGAUCCCCUACAACAAGCGCGGCACACGCGCUCGAAGCCAUGUGCGCGGGUACUCCCACAUGCUUGAUCUCCUCAACGUUGCCGCCACAGAGGUUGCACCGGGGUGGACAAUGUUCACACCGGCUUUUGGGCUCAGCCUAGUUGGCCUUCCAUUCCAGGCCAUUCUCGACUGGCCUAUGGGCACCCCCAGCGGGCAUGCCUUUUUCCUCAACGACGAUGUCAAUGCAAGGUUUAAAGACGUGCUGGAAGCCUGGCGCGACAAUGUUCUCGCGACGAGCAAAUCUCUGGGUGUCAUAACCACUGACAGUAGUGGCUGGCUGUCAAAGGAGGCCAUCGCCGCUUUUGAGCAGAUGGCCAACAUGGAUAGCCGCCAUCGGUAUACUUUUAGAGAACUAUACGAGUGUGAUGCGCUUCGCGACCCGGUUCACUGGGGGUUCAAGUCUUGGGAUGACCUCUUCACACGGCGGUUCAGGGACAUGGACAGGAUUCGCCCCGUGGGGUUUCCGGACAGGCCAGAAUGGGUGGUGAAUGCCUGCGAGUCGAAGCCGGUCGCGAUCAAGCGGUGCGCCAAGCAUCACGACAAGUUCUGGCUCAAGGGUACCAACUACUCGGUCGCGGACAUGCUCGACCAUCACGAGUGGGCGGCUCGCUUCGUUGGUGGCACAGUGUACCAGGCAGUCAUCGACUCGACCGCGUACCAUCGAUGGCACGCUCCGGCGUCGGGCCAGGUCGUCUUUGCCAAGGUCGUGAGCGGCGCAUACUUUUCCGAGCGCUCCACCAACGGCCUAGGUAGUGAGCCUAUAGUCCCGCCCAACUUUGAUCAUGUGUACUUGAGCCAUACGGCUACGCGGGCGCUCGUCUUCAUCCAGGCUGACGACCCAGUUGGUCUCCUUUGCUUCGUUGCCGUUGGCAUGGCCGACGUGUCGACGUGUGAAAUUGCUCCCAAGUUUGCGACGGCUUGGCCGCGGGCAGUGGCGAAAGGCGAGGAGCUAGGGACGUUUCGUUAUGGCGGCUCAAGUCAGUGUCUCUUGUUCAGGAAGGGGUUGAAGCUGGCUUUUACGGAACAGGCAGCCCCUGAAAACCAUACCAACAUGGCGGUUCGGAGCCCAUUAGCCUUUGCUUACAUGUAA